CUACAUUUUCUGCUCUUAGCACAGAAGAAGAAAAGAGAGAAAGAAUGGCAAGAACCAAGCAGACCGCUCGCAAGUCUACUGGCGGCAAAGCCCCCAGGAAGCAGCUGGCCACCAAGGCCGCUCGUAAGAGCGCCCCGGCCACCGGAGGUGUCAAGAAGCCUCACCGUUAUAGGCCCGGUACCGUGGCUCUGCGCGAGAUCCGCCGUUACCAGAAAUCCACCGAGCUGUUGAUCCGCAAGCUGCCCUUCCAGCGCCUGGUCCGCGAGAUCGCUCAGGACUUCAAGACCGACCUGCGCUUCCAGAGCUCUGCUGUCAUGGCUCUGCAGGAGGCCAGCGAGGCUUACCUGGUCGGACUCUUCGAGGACACCAACCUGUGCGCCAUCCACGCCAAGAGGGUCACCAUCAUGCCCAAAGACAUUCAGCUGGCUCGCCGCAUCCGCGGAGAGAGGGCUUAAGCGUGCUGUACGCUCUCCUACCAACAAAGGCUCUUUUCAGAGCCAACUCCCUCCUAUCAAGAGCUUGCUCCUUUAUUAUUAUCAGACUCAUACUUGCACUUCAUUCAUUCAGUUCAUGCUGUUUCUAUGCCAGAAACUACAGUCGGCAUCAACGUGGAGUUCACUGACUUCAGUUACAAAAAUUCUAAAUUCAUCUUUACCAUUGAAAUGUUGCUCAUCGCAUUGGAGUGCUUUGCACUAGACAAUAUGAUAGACCCUAUGCUCUCAAUUACCUCUGGUAAAUUCCUAUUGUCUAAAUGUGUUAUAAAAUACUAGAGACAUGACAGUAAGUCU